AAAAGGCAAGGGCGUCGAAAUAUUCAGCAACUAGAGUUUAUGGUAGACUAUCUUAUCCAGCAUCCAGAAGUUGCUACAGGAAAGUUUACAACAUUAAAUGCCAAAAAUAAAUUGCAAGGUUCUUGGGAAGAACUCGCAACACAUUUAAAUAAUAUGAGAAACUCAAACCAAGCUAUUAAAAAUGUUAAAUCGUGGAAAGAGUCAUGGAGAGACCAAAAAACCAAAACUUCCAAAAAAGUAGGAGCACUCAGAGCAGCUCGUGUGAAAACUGGAAAUAAAAAAAUAGAUCUACCUCCAUUAAGUGAUUUGGAUAAAAAAGUCUUUGGUUUGAUGGGUCAUGAUUAUGUUGAAGGAACUGAAUGUGCAGACUCUUGGCCAGAAGAACAAGAUAAUAUUGAACGUUUAGUUGCUGGAGAUCAAGGGAUAUUUGAUGCUGAACCUUUAGUGUUAACUUUGAGGCAAACUACUGAUAUAGAUCCAGUGCCAGUUACAAUAAAUGAGAGCAUUAAUGAUCUGGAUGAAUUGUUAGCUACAGUUGAAGACAACUAUGUAGUAUUACAACCUUAUUGUGAAGAUGAGUUUACAUCAAAAAAUCUUUUGCAAGAAACUUCAAUUUCAGCUUCCAUAGGACCAUCCCAAUCUACUCCAAAAAGUAAUUUACUAGCAACUCCAAUUUCAGCUUCAAUAGGACCAUCUCAAUCAAUUCAAAAAAAGCAAAUGUUGACAAAUAAUGCAAAGCAAGUGAAAUUAGGUAAUCAACUACAGACUGCCAGAGAUGUAUUCUCAUUGAUUGCUGAAAAAGAAGUUGAAGCAAAUUUUAAAAUAGCUGAUGCACUUACAACUAUUGCUACAGCAUUGGAAAAGUUAGCAGAUAAUGAUAAAAAAAGGUUGGAAAACGAAAAACUUAUAAUAGAAAUCUAUUCAAAAGUUAUAGAUAAACUAUAA